UGAUUCGGAAUUCACACAGCUUGAUAAAUAAAAAUGAUUCAGUUUAUCUUGACUUCUGUGUGUGCUUUGCUGAUCGCUGGAUAUUUCUACAUAUCCUGGAAUUAUGAUCACUGGAAGAAGAGAAAUAUUCCGGGACCCAAAGCAAGAUUCCUUCUGGGAAAUCUGCCCAGUGUUGUGACGCAGAAGCGCAACAUUACUUAUGACAUGGACGACUUAUACAGGGAGUUCAAAGACCGCUAUGGACUGAUUGGAUACUACAACACAAGAUCUCCAGCUCUGAUGGUUCUCCAGCCAGACUUGGCGAGAGAUAUGCUUAUCAAGAACUUCAAGCACUUUGCCGACAACGAAUUUGCCGAUCUUGCAGACAAGAAUGUCGAUCCGAUUCUGUCAAGAAAUCCUUUCAUGUUGAAAGGUGAAGAAUGGAAAGAGAAACGAGCAGAAAUCACUCCAGCUUUCACAACAUCAAGGAUAAAAACCAUGUACCCAAUAAUUGAAGAUGUGUGCGCGAACAUGAAGAAGUACCUCGAGGAGGAGUUCGAAAAAGAAACAAUGGAUGGAAUUGAUGCCAAAGAAUUGUCCGCAAUGUACACAACUGAUGUGGUUUCCAGUUGCAUCUUUGGCGUCGAUGCUGGAUCAUUCACUGGCGGCGAUGCCACAAUUAGGAAAAUGGGAAAAGGACUCUUUGAUCCCACUUGGCAGAUGAUGGUUUACUUCUUUAUGAUGGAAAUCAUUCCAUUCCUCACAAAGUUCUACAAAAUGCCAAUGGUGCCGAAGCAUGUUGAGAAGUUCUUCGUGAAAAUCAUGAAAGAUGCCAUUGCUUUGAGAAGGAAAACCGACGUGAAUCGCUUCGACUAUCUUCACUACCUUCUUGAGUUGCAGGAGAAGAAGAACUUGAACGAAUUGGAUAUGGUUGCUCACGCCGUGACAUUCUUCCUGGAUGGUUUUGAGACGUCCAGCAUUGCAAUGGCUUUCACACUUUACGAGCUGGGAAAGUGUAAGAAUGUCCAAGAGAAACUGAGGCAAGAAAUUCGAGAAACCAUCGCCAAGCAUGGGAAGAUUACACAUGAAGUUGUGUCAGAAAUGCCUUAUCUCGAUCAAGUCCUGAACGAAUCCCUUCGCCUUUAUCCACCGGCAACAAUGUUGGGUAAAAUCUGUACAGAAAAAAUCACAAUUAAGGUCAAGGAAGGAGAGUAUCGCUAUAUAGAGGAAGGUGAUGAUGUCACUUUUCCUGUGUACAGUUUCCAUCGUGAUCCGGAGUUCUAUGAAAAUCCCGAUGAAUUCAUCCCGGAGAGAUUUGAUCCGGAAAACGGUGGAGUGAAAGCUUUCCGCGAUAAAGGAGUUUUCGUGCCUUUCGGCGAUGGACCAAGGAUUUGUCUUGGACAGAGAUUUGCUCAAGCCCAAAUCAAGGCAGCACUUGUGUCUUUGCUGGACAAUUUUGAAGUUGAAGUCAAUCCAAAAACCAAGGAACCAAUCAUUUUUGAUCCCAAACAGUUCUUGACUUAUGCAAUUGGAGGAUUAUGGCUUAAUUUUAAGAGGAUUUGAAGUGUAAAAAUGCUUUAAUGCAAUAAAAAUCUUA